AUGGAAACAAGGGAUGAGGUACAGAAACACCAGCAACUGUGGGAUAGAAUGCUGACACACAACAAGUUCAAUAUGAAACUUAUGUAUGAUGCCCUUACUGAACAUGAUAAUGUGGUUGACUGGAGGAACAUUUUCAAUAGAAACAUGGCUAGACCAAGGGCUAAGUUUAUCACUUGGAUGCUAUGUCAUGAAAAACUUGCAACAAAGGAUAGGCUUAGGCGGUUCAACUUGAUAACUGAUAGCAUUUGUAGCAUCUGUAAGGCAGCUGACGAGUCUAUUGCUCAUCUCUUCUUUGAUUGCAGGGAAAACCGUGAGGUUUGGUGUCAAAUUCUGCAGUGGAUUGAGAACAUUCAUAGUCCUCUCCCAUGGCCGGAUGAGUUGAGAUGGAUUGUUAAGGAGUCCAAUAAAAAAGGGUGGAGGGCCAGCCUGCUGAGAAUGGCUUUUUCUGAAACGGUAUACGGUAUAUGGUAUAGAAGAAACAAUAUUGUAUUUGGCAAAGAUCCUAAUACUAAUAUAGUUAAUAGUAUCAUUGAUAGUAUUGUCUAUAGGUGCUGGUUGUCUAAGAAAUUUAGAGACCAUGUGGCUCACUUGAUGAUGUAA